GUUAUUUUUUAAAAAAAAUUCUGGGGUUUUUAUUUUUAAUUUUGUGAUUGAGGGGGUGGUUGUUUUUUUUUGUGUGUGUGUCCAGCCUGAGAAGGGGAGGAGGAGAGGGAGGGGAGGGGAGGAGAGGAGGAAGCUUGCUGGCUGCAGCACCAUGUUGCUGUGUUGAUGUUGGCUUCAGGCUCCGGCGCCUUAUCAGCUGCAGGCCAGCGCCCGGCGGCGGCCUCACGCGGCGGCGAUGAGGGGCACGGGCGCCCGCGGCUGAGAGGGGCUCCCGCAGGAGCAGGAGGCGCCGCCAUCACCGAGAGGAAGAAGAGGAGGAGGAGGAGGAGGAUGAUGAUGAGGAGGAUGGAGGAGCCCGGGCCUGGGCCUGGGCCCGGGCCCGGCUCGCUGCUGCGCUUCCUGGGCCGCCGCGCGGUCACCGGCGACCGCUUCCUGAGGGAGGCCUUCCAGCGGCAGCGGCUGUCCGCCUGCAGGAACCUCUUCAAGAAGGACCUGCUCGGGCACUUCGGCUGCGUCAACGCCAUCGAGUUCAGCAGCGGCGCCGGGGAGCUGCUGGUGUCCGGUGGAGAUGACCGUCGUGUUUUGUUGUGGCAUGUUGAUAAAGCUAUUCAUUCAAAAGCCAAACCUGUCCAACUGAAAGGCGAACAUCUAUCCAACAUAUUCUGUUUAGCAUUUGACAGCACAAAUACCCAUCUCUUUUCUGGAGGAAAUGAUGAGCAAGUGAUUGUUCAUGAUGUUGAAAGCACAGAAAUAGUGAAUGUUUUUCCCCAUGAUGAUGCUGUAUAUGGCCUGUCUGUGAGCCCUGUGAAUGACAAGGUGUUUGCUAGUUCUUCAGAUGAUGGCAGAGUCCUUAUCUGGGAUAUACGAGAUUCACAUGGAGAACCAUUUUGUUUGGCAAAUUACCCCUCAGCCUUUCACAGUGUGAUGUUUAACCCUGUUGAGCCCAGACUUCUGGCUACUGCAAAUUCUAAAGAAGGAGUGGGCCUGUGGGACAUCCGCAAGCCUCGAAGCUCCUUGCUCCGUUAUGGAGGAAAACUUCCUAUGCAGAGUGCCAUGAGUGUCCGCUUCAAUAGUAGUGGGACCCAGCUGUUGGCACUGCGGCGUCGCCUCCCUCCAGUAUUAUAUGACAUUCAUUCGCCACAGUCUGUGUUUGAGUUUGAUAACCAAGGAUAUUUCAAUUCCUGCACUAUGAAGAGCUGUUGCUUUGCAGGAGACCGUGAUCAAUUUGUUCUGUCUGGCUCUGAUGACUUUAAUCUGUACAUGUGGCGCAUUCCUUCCAGUUUGGAGACAGGAGGCCCUGCCAGAAUUGUGAAUGGUGCGUUUAUGGUGCUGAAGGGCCAUCGUUCCAUCGUCAAUCAAGUGCGCUUUAACUCUCAUUCAUACAUGAUCUGUUCAUCAGGUGUGGAAAAGAUUAUCAAGGUGUGGAGUCCAUACCUCCAACCAGAUUGUGCUGGAGACUUAGAAGGAGUAGUGGAAGAUGACACCCGCAAUCUUUACACGCAUGAAGAGUACAUCAGCCUUGUCUUAAACAGUGGGAGUGGUCUGUCUCAUGACUACGCUAACCAGUCUGUUCAGGAAGAUCCAAGGAUGAUGGCUUUUUUUGACUCUCUUGUACGGCGUGAGAUUGAGGGUUGGAGUUCUGACUCGGACAGUGACCUGAACGAGAGUACAAUUCUUCAGCUGCGUGCAGGGACGAGUGAGCGUUCAGGAUACAGCGAUACAGAAUCGUCUGCUUCGUUGCCACUGUCACCCCAGCAGGGGGAUGACUCGGAUGAGGCAACCUACACCCUGGACCGACAGAAACUGCUGAAUACAUCCGCAGUCAGGGAAGACCUGCGGUCACGUCGGCAGAGAUUGUCCGCCCUCCGGCGCUACCAAGACGAGCGGCUUCGAACUCUCUCAAAUGACUCUGAUUCCUCAGAGAACAACUACCAACAGGUAAAUACAGAUUCUGAUGCCGAUCCCGUGAAGAGGCCUCGGUCACCGAGCCCAGAGGCAAAUGAUUCCAGUAGUUCCAGCAGUAAUGGUAGGCGCCGUGCAUCUAUGCGGCAGAGGAACGCCGCGAGAGCCAAACAGAAGCUCCGUCGGGAGAAAAGGAGUACUUCACUGCUCAAAAAGUUAAAGCAAUGUAGUGCUGAGACUCGUCGUAACUAUUCCCAAGUACGUGAUGGUGAUAAUUCGUCAGCUUCGUCCUCCCCAGAAAGAAGCAGCACUGAGUUUGACAACAGGGGAAGAGUAUCUCCUUACUCAGACAGCGAAUCUGAGGUCAGAAAGGUUUAUAAAGCCUACAGCAAAAUCCAGAACACUUUCAAAUCACAGUUGAAAACAAAGGGAGACACCACGGCGUUUUUGUCACUGGCAGAUAUGCCAAACACAAGUGAGAGAGGCAGUUCAAUAAAUACUUCAACACAAGAAAAUGAUUCUGCAAGGAAAGGUCCAGUAGUACCUCACAGACUUAGAGAGGAAAGUUGUUUUGACGAACACAAUGGUGAAAGCACCAGCUCAGCAGAGAAUAGAAAAGUACAGGCAAAGAGCAAGCAUUCACUUUCACUUGGUCAUGAAUGCAGUACUGUAACACCUGUAAAGGAAAUUACACCUGGAGAACAGGUUUAUGUUGUUGAAGAUGCCCCCAGUAGUUGUGCUGAGCAUUGUUAUGAGGCAAAAAAGGUUAAUGGCAAAUCGGUCUGUGUUGGAAGCAACAGUAACCUAACUAACCAGUGUCAAGCAUUUGGCAGCCAGGCACAAGAGCUAUGUGGUCACGCACAGGUGUUGGAAUGUGUGAAUGCACAAACUACACAGCAGAUAAGCAGAGAAGAAUCUGGUCAGGAAUUUAAGUCCACAUUCUCUCCAGAAAUCUAUUUAGUUGGAGCAAGAAGUAAUUCUGACCACACUGAUAAAUCCAAAACCAGGACUUGUGAUGUGGAAGACAGGUGUUCAGAGACUUCCUGCAAUAACGGCCUUUUUGAAAGGCAGUGUGCAGGCCACUGUGAACAAACGUGCUCAGAGCAAAUGGAUUCCGCAGUGGCCUCCAAAUCCGAAGCCGGUGGCUGUGUACAGGUGGCUUCAUUACACCACAAGGAAGACUGUUCCCAAUCUGGGAUAAGUGAGCAUUACGAGUGCGCUAAAAAAAUGAUAGCAUUGCAGAAAAUAUUUGAUUGUCGCCAAGGGACCCUGUCACCAGCUGAGGCUGGCCAGCCUUCUGGAGGCUUAAAAAGGUUGCGAAAAGAGCUGGAUCCGGACUACUCACCAGCUGAGAAGAAACAGAAGACAUGAUAUGAUUUGCACUUGCCUCAUACCAGUGCCUCAAUGUCACUGAUGAAAGCAUUUAACUGGAACUCCACAAGACACUGGCCUGUAAAACAGUGCGAGUUUUUGUUAACAAUUAUGUAAAUAAGUCAAUUUAUUGAAGAAAUGCUAAUACAGAAAUUUGUAGAAUGUGUAUGAUAACGGUAUAUAAAAUACAAAUUAUUUGGAGUGAUUCUGACUUUGGAUUCAGACAUCCAAUUUGUCUUGGAAGGUUUGUACUUCUUCUGUUUAAGUAUUCAUUAUGCCAAGCAAGGGUUUAUGGUACAUUUGGCGUCUCCGAUUGGACAGAUAGUUACAAAGCUUCCCCUCCUAUUAACUUGGUAAAGAUGAGCAAAUUUAUAUAUGUUCCAAGUAUUCAAGCCCAUGCAAUAAUAUUAAACAGAUGAAGACUUUUUGAAAUCUAACACUUUAUAGUUCUUGAGGUUUUUCUUUGGUCUAAUUUUAAAUUGCCACCUUUGAAUGGUAGCCUUUUAUUCAUGCGAGGGGUCAACAGUUUGAUUCUUAAGGAAAAUGUUCAACAUGUUGGUUAUGUACGUGGAACGCAGUGAUCUGUUGGCGAAGAGAGUUCGAUUUAAGCAGCGGUCAGGAAUAAAAUUUUUGUGUUUUGCGCUUAAUUUCUUAAUGAGAAUUAUUUGAAGCACAACAUUUCUACACAGUUGGCACCUUGUCAACUGUCCUUUUCCUUAACAGACAACAGAAAUAAGCAUGGACAUGAACAAUUCCUUUUGUGUCUUGUGGCCUUUCUGCAUUAACCCUGUGUAAUCAUUCAGCUGAGAAGCCACAGAAAGCUCUUUGAGUAUUAAUUUGAUUCAGGAACCUCAGAGUUUUAUUUUACUGGGGUUUUUAAUUUGGUAAGAGGAAAGAAGAAAGAUGGUUAUCCCCUUACUCUAGUUUCAUUGUAUUGUCUUUGAGGCACCUUCCAAACCCCCCCGCCCCCCCCCCUCCAAGUUGGCAAAAUGUUCAAUUGCAAAGGUUUGCCUGCUUCGACAUACAAUUGAACAUCCAUUAGCCUGCGAUUACUAAAAGUGAAAUUGAAAUAACUAAUUUGUCACGGACUGCAUUACUGAAGUUAGCUGAGGAUAUUUUCAAUUUUGAGCUCCAGGACAAAGGUAACAAAUGCAAACAUGAUGACACCAAUGUCGCAAAAGUCCUUCAUGAAUGAAUAGCAGUGGGUUGUUUCUGUGCACUUUCAGUACUGGAGCUUGAGUUACAAUCUAGCCAAAAUGUGGUGAAAGCCUCAAAUGGGAAAUUAGCCUGGGCAGCUAACUUGGUUCUGAAUAGUUAAGUUCUUUAUUCAAUAGAAAGUAAUGUUAAAUUAGCAAUUUCUUCAGCAAUAUUAGGACAGUUGGUGUGAGUAAUGGAAAAAUUUGUAGUGGUGUGGUACAAGAUGCUUGUCUGAGUUUAGGAUUAAGAUGCACCUUUUGGAAAGUAUCCAUUGUUCAGUAUAUGCAAUACUUGCUUGGUGCUUAUUUGCCUGAACAUUAAUAUUCCUCACUAAAUAUAAAAGGAGGAAGAAAUGUCAAUAUUCUAUGCAGUCUUUACUGUAUUGACAUCCAAAAGCACUUCACAGAAGCAUUAUGAAGCAAAAUUCAACACCAAGACACACAAUCAUAUUUGGGCAGAUGACCAAAAGCUUGAUCAAAGCUUUAUGUUUUAAGGAACAUCUUAAAAGGAAUCAAGAGUAGUGAGUGGGUUUAGAAAGGAAUCUGUGGGGCCUAGCCAGCUCAAGGCUUCACCACUAAUGAUGGGUAAUUAAAACCAAGAUGCUCAAGGGAUCAGGAUUGAUGGAUGUCUUGGAUGGGAUGAGGCAACAAGGAUUUGAAAACAAGACACAUAAUUUUAAAAUCAAGAUGUUGCUUAAAUGGGAGCCAAUAUAGGUCAAGCA